AUGGCGCCGCGUAAGAAGACCGAAGAAAAGGCCUCAGCCAACGAGGCAGCAGACAUGGUGCUACUCUACUUGCGCAAGCAGAACCGUCCAUACUCUGCCAUCGACAUCUCAGCCAACUUGCACAACAAAGUGACCAAAGCUGCCGCAGCCAAGAUUCUCAAAGAUUUAUACGAGCAAAAGUUGAUUGAGGGAAGGACUGCAGGAAAACAUAUUGUAUAUCAUGCUUUACAGGACGCAGCAGACACAUGUACACCGGAACAACUCGCAGCCCUUGACGCUGAAAUAGACAAUUUGCGCACGCAAACCGCCGCUCUAAAUGCCACGGCCAAGACUCUGCGGUGCACGCUUGCGUCAGUGACUUCGACGCUGAGCACGGCGGAUCUGAUUGCAAGCGUGGAUUUGUUGGAGAGGGAAAAGGUGGAGAUUGAAGAGAGGCUGGAUGGGUUGAGGAAGGGGAAGGCGAGGAUGGUGACACCAGCGGAACGUCAAGCUAUUGAGCAAUCGUGGAAGAAGAGUGUGAGGACGGCUAAGAAUCGAGAAAAGAUUGCGCGUGAAAUGUGGAAGAUUAUUGCGGACAACUUGCCGGAUGACGAGGCAAGGGAGGAGCAUAGGGAGAUGUUUGAUUUGGAUGGGUAGUGAGAUCCAUGUGUAGUGAGUAGAGACGAAAUGUAGCAACCAUGCUAUGCAUAAAUGGUCGAGAGAAGUUAAAAUGAGAGGGAUUCAAAGAAGAAACAAGAGCAGAUGCAAUCAAGAUACCAACUAUUCAUGUUUAAUUUAAUGGUCAUUGUCCCAUGGUCGUAGUAUGCAUUAUGUACAAUCAGGUAUCCAGAAUCUGUCGUUAGAUUUCUUCAGUUGAUGAGAGAACAACAGACGUAGUGAAAGAAAGAAGAAAACGCCCUUGUGCAAUGCAAACACCCACCCACAUGCCAUGACGGGAAUCAAUAUGCCAAGCAACAAAGCAUCAAAAGUGGAUUCAACAGAGACGUAUCUGGUAUGCAAAGUUUUUA